AUGAGGAGGAAAAAGACUUAUGUUCAGCUCAAUCCUCUGUACUUGUGUGACAUAUACGUUUAUAUAUGUAUAUGUAUGAGGAGGAAAAAGAGCAAUAUUAUUAAUAGUCAAGGACUGAGAUUGAAGUUGGCCUUUCCACAGCAUGGACUCAUGUUUCAGCAACUUCAUGAAGACAAUGCUCAUCACUUACCUUCUCAUACCUCUCCCCCUUCUUGCCCUCCUCAUCUCUUCUAUGGAAAGAGGAGGAGGAAACUACAUGAUCAACAGAUCAAUGACGUUCACGGGAGUAUCAGACCACCACCAUCUAACUCAAAGAAGCCCGACCACGACGAAGACAAUCUAUCAGAUGAUGGGUCCCAUAUGAUGUUAGGAGGGACGAAGAAGAGGCUGAAUUUAGAGCAAGUUAAGGCAUUAGAGAAGAUCUUCGAGCUAGGGAACAAGUUGGAGCCUGAGAGGAAGAUGCAGCUAGGUAAGGCCUUAGGGUUGCAGCCUAGGCAGAUUGCGAAUUGGUUUCAGAACAGGAAAGCUAGGUUGAAGACAAAGCAGCUUGAAAGAGACUCUGAAGAAACAGUUCGAUGUUUUGAAAUCGGAUAA